AUGGCUGCGUCGCCGGCGGGGUCGGUGGUGAGCGCCAGCCUGGAUGAUAGCCCCACGGGGCUGAGCCCGGCCCCCGGCAAGGCGCUGAGCCCCGUGCUGCUGUGCAAGGUGUGCGGGGACACCAGCAGCGGGAAGCACUACGGCAUCUACGCCUGCAACGGCUGCAGUGGCUUCUUCAAGCGCAGCGUCCGCAGGAAGCUCAUCUACAGGUGCCAGGCGGGGACGGGGCUGUGCCCGGUGGACAAGGCGCACCGCAACCAGUGCCAGGCCUGCCGGCUGAAGAAGUGCCUGCAAGCUGGCAUGAACAAGGACGCCGUGCAGAACGAGCGCCAGCCUCGCAGCACAGCCCAGGUCCGGCUGGACAGCAUCGAGCUGGACACUGAGCUGUCCCCCGAGCACAUGGCCACGACCCGUGAGGUCCCCCCGACCCCCUGCCCGGCUCCUCGCGGUCCCGGUGCCACUGCCGCCGUCACCCCAGGUCCCCGAGUGCCCACGCCACCCACCAACCAUCGUUUCAUGGCCAGCCUGAUGACAGCUGAGACCUGCGCCAAGCUGGAGCCCGAGGAUGCCGACGAGACAGUGGAUGUGACAGGCAGUGAGCCAGAGCGGGCGGCCGGCGAGUACCAGGUGGCACCGUACCCAGCGGCCAGCCCUGAAAACGUCUACGAGACCUCUGCGCGUCUCCUCUUCAUGGCGGUGAAAUGGGCCAAAAACCUGCCCGUCUUCUCCAACCUGCCCUUCCGCGACCAGGUGAUCCUGCUGGAGGAAGCGUGGAGCGAGCUGUUCCUGCUCUGUGCCAUCCAGUGGUCCAUGCCCCUGGAGAGCUGCCCGCUACUGGCCGUCCCCGAGCCAGUCCCCGGCAAGCUGCUGCCGGCCGCCCUGGACAUCCGGGCGCUGCAGGAGACCCUCGGCCGCUUCAAGGCGUUGGCCGUCGACCCCACCGAAUUCGCCUGCAUGAAGGCUGUGGUGCUCUUCAAACCAGAGACCCGUGGCCUGAAGGACCCUGAGCAGGUGGAGAACCUGCAGGACCAGUCGCAGGUGAUGCUGGGCCAGCACAACCGUUCUCACUAUCCCGGGCAGCCCGUCAGGUUCGGGAAGCUUCUGCUGCUCCUCCCGGCUCUGCGCUUCAUCUCCUCCGAGCGCGUGGAGCUGCUCUUCUUCCGCCGGACCAUCGGCAACACCCCCAUGGAGAAGCUGCUGUGUGACAUGUUCAAGAACUGA